UAAAUUCAGCUGCUGGUUCCUUCGAAUAAAUGGCGUCUACUUCGUCUUGUUCCUCUUUCUCGUUUGGGUUGCCCCCCAGUCGCUCAACUACGUCUGAUAAACUUAAACUUACUUCUCUUUCAUGCAUCUCUUCAUUUCCCACUCUCAGUAUCUCCAUCAACGUCAAAUCUCCACCCCCCAUUCACUCCAGCAACAACGUCAACAAGGAUUCUUUUAUUCAGGCUGCCUGGACUCGAAGAUCUCAGGGUGAACUUGCAAAGAGACCCAACAGGAAAUCAUGGAAACAAAGGACAGAUAUGUAUAUGAGGCCCUUUUUACUUAAUGUUUUCUUUUCUAGGAGAUUUAUUCAAGCAAAAGUGAUGCAUCGGUCUACAAGCAAAGUGAUAUCAAUUGCUAGCACAAAUGCCAAGGAUCUCCGGAACACUUUACCAUCUCUAACUGAUCAUAAUGCAUGCAGAAUAAUAGGGAAGCUAAUUGCUGAGCGAUCAAAGGAUGCUGAUGUAUAUGCAAUGUCAUAUGAACCGAGGAAGGAUGAGCGGAUAGAAGGUAAACUUGGGAUUGUUCUUGAUACCAUUAAGGAGAACGGUAUCAUAUUUGUUUAAGCAACUUCCUAAUCAUUGUUCACACCUAGUAAGUGAAAAUCAAACCAGAAACAUGGACUGUUCCCUAAUGCAUUUUAUGUUAAAAGAAAUGACAUCAGAGAAAUUGAGUAAAUAUAUAAUUACUCAUCA